CGUGAAUCACUCAAUUCAUUCAAACAAAUAAAAAGACAGGGUUUUAGGGUUUAUUCUGCAACACUAGUUCGAUUAUUCUUGAUUCUCUUCUUCUUGGCAUAGGGCAAACACAAAAUCAUCAGAGAUGAGAGGGAUACAAUUAUCUUUCAGCAACACACAAAAGCUAAGAUUAGAGAAAGCAUUGGAAUCACUUUCUUCAAAGGUUAAUCCCAAUGCUACUGUCAUUGUUGCUGACACCAUUCCUGUUGACGAAGAUGCUGCCCUCAAGGGACACGGUACGUUGGAUAUGGGCAAGAAUGUGGUAGCAACUGUGUGUGGAGUGGUUGAGCGCGUGAACAAGCUUGUCUAUGUUAGAUCUUUAAGGGCCAGGUACAAGCCAGAAAUAGGUGAUAUUAUAGUUGGCCGUGUUAUUGAGGUUGCUCCAAAGAGAUGGAGAUUGGAAAUUAAUUUCAGCCAAGAUGCUGUACUAAUGCUCUCCUCAAUGAAUCUUCCAGAUGGUAUUCAGAGGCGGCGAACAGCAGUUGAUGAACUCAAUAUGCGAAGCAUAUUUGUUGAGAGUGAUGUCAUUUGUGCUGAAGUUCGUGGUUUCCAGCAUGAUGGGAGUCUACACCUCCAAGCUAGAAGCCAAAAGUAUGGGAAGCUUGAAAGAGGGAAACUACUCAAAAUCCCUCCAUAUCUAGUGAAGAGGCGUAAACAGCAUUUCCAUCAUCUAGAUCAGUAUGGAGUUGACUUGAUUUUUGGCUGCAAUGGAUUUAUUUGGGUUGGGGAACACGUUGAAGUAAAAGAUGCCAUGGUAGAGGAUCAAGUAAAUAAGUCUGAUCCACAAAACGCUAAUUCAGCAAGCUUACUGGGUUCUAGUGAAGAACAAACUUAUACACCACUGGAAACAAGACAAUAUAUAUGCAGGAUAGCAAAUGCCAUCACGGUAUUCUCUGCUUUAUGCUUCAUGGUCAAUUUGGAGGCUGUAAUGGAGACGGUUACCUUGAGCGUAUCUUUGAACCUUGGUGUACAUGAGAUGCUUGAAGCAGAAUUCCAUGUUCGAGUUGCUGAGCAAGAAGCUGAAAGACGGAGCACAUCAAAAAGAAGGAAAUAGGUGUUACAAGUCACUUUCAUUUGCUUUUCUUGUACUGUCAGUUAUGCAAGUUAGAAGAGAUCAGAAAUCUGCUAAGCUGGAUCAAGUUGCACUAUGUCACCCUUUAAUUGAAAAAAAAAUAGAUUGCUUUUGUAAAAGAGUUCCCUACUGAAUAUCCCCUUUAAUUUACUUCUAAUUCAUGUGCGUUAGUUAAGGAAUGUGCAGAUGAGGAUAAAAUGUUUUUCUUCCCAACGAUGACAUUUACCUUUUUGUAUUACUCUUGUUUUUACUUGUCAGUAUCUAACGUUUCUGGCUUGGAAAGUGAAAGCUCAUCAUUUUUUAGAACAGUGGUCUCAGAAUAUUGAUUUUGUGUUUGUCUUUACUGGGAAAAA